AUGGUUCGCAGAAGCACGAUCGAGAUAACCUUCUCACACGGAGUGUUUGCAACAAGCAGCAGUACUCGGCCCGUCUGUUGUGCCACCAAAGGUGUACUGAUAUUUCCACGCCCUGUACAACAUGCGGCAGCACAGAUUCAAGCCUGCGUCUGUCUGCGUCUUCGCGCCGUUCAUGCGAAGCGCACUUCUCUCAUUGACGUUCGCAGCAAGGGGGCAAUACAGCUGGUCAUCCUGCGCAUGCACCUCGGCAGCAGAGACGAUCAGGCUAUCCGGGGAGAGUGCCUUAUUACGGGAUCCACGGUCUGGGGCAAGCCCGUCGCCGAACACCACCCGAGCAUCGAAAGCACGUUGCAGUACUUACGGCAACGGAGGUCGUCCUUUGGCGAGUACGCGAGGCUGCUCGUGUCGGUGUCGCUUGCCGGUCGGUGGUACACGUCCCUGAAGGGAGGCAACCACAAGGACGCAUAUGCCGUCGGAGCGAAGUGCAAGCCUUUCGAGUUUGGCACCGGCCUGGAAGAGCUCGGCUCCCGCGUCACUGCUUGCACCGAGCAGCACUACGCGGCCCACGUGACGAGGGAGGAGUGGCGUGAGGUGAUGAGCACCUACGAGGGGAGCGCAGGGCUGGCCUUCGUGUUCGACAGCGAGCUGACGCUGUACGCAAAGGUGUGCAAGGCGCGAAAUGUCCUGAAGGAUGUCCGGCCCAUCGGGCUGGCCGUGUUUGACGCCGAGUUCGACGACUGGUCCAACACUUGCACAAGCUGGAACAAGUUCGGCAACUACACACUCAUGCGCACCGCACGCAAGUCGGUGGACGCCAUUGGGGCGCUUAACGCCACGCACGUGCUGAAUUGCGCCACGUUGCCAAAGUAAAUGAUCGCACAGGCUCCUC